GAUCCUUUGCACAGCAAACGACCUGGACAGCUGUGCGUGGCGCUUGCUGGCCCCCGAAAGGACACUCCCCACGUCCCCGGCUGGGGGCCCCGCGUAGACCUGGAGCGGACACCCCCUCCUUCCCUUCAUGAUUCGUUUGUAGCACAGUGGCGAUGGAUGAUGAGGAUGGGAGAUGCUUACUGGACGUGAUUUGUGACCCUCAGGCCCUCAAUGACUUCCUGCAUGGAUCCGAGAAGCUCGACAGCGAUGACCUCCUGGAUAACCCCGGGGAGGCCCAAAGUGCCUUCUAUGAAGGUCCUGGGCUCCAUGUGCAAGAAGCUUCUGGCAACCACUUGAACCCGGAGCCCAGCCAGCCAGCCCCCAGCGUGGACCUAGAUUUCCUGGAAGAUGACAUCCUGGGCUCGCCCACGGCAGGGGGCGGCGGUGGGGGCAGCGGGGGCACCGACCAGCCCUGCGACAUCCUCCAGCAGAGCCUCCAAGAGGCCAACAUCACCGAGCAGACGCUCGAAGCCGAGGCCGAGCUGGACCUGGGCCCCUUCCAGCUGCCCACCCUGCAGCCCGCGGAUGGCGGGGCAGGCCCGGCCGGCGCUGGAGGGGCUGCCGCCGUGGCCCCGGGGCCCCAGGCCCUCUUCCCGGGCGGCACAGACCUGCUGGGACUACAGGCCCCGCCCACCGUGCUGGCCCACCAGGCCCUCGUGCCACCCCAGGAUGUGGUCAACAAAGCCCUGAGCGUCCAGCCCUUCCUGCAGCCUGUGGGCCUGGGCAACGUGACCCUGCAGCCCAUCCCAGGCCUCCAGGGCCUGCCCAACGGCAGCCCUGGGGGCGCCACGGCGGCCACCCUAGGCCUGGCCCCCAUCCAGGUGGUGGGCCAGCCGGUCAUGGCCCUCAACCCACCCACCUCCCAGCUCCUGGCCAAGCAGGUGCCUGUCAGCGGCUACCUGGCCUCGGCGGCCGGCCCCUCGGAACCAGUAACCUUGGCGUCCGCCGGAGUGUCGCCCCAGGGGGCCGGCCUGGUCAUCCAGAAGAACCUCCCAGCCGCCGUGGCCACCACACUCAAUGGGAACUCUGUGUUCGGAGGAGCAGGAGCCGCCACUGCCGCCGCUGCCGGGGCGCCCUCAGGGCAGCAGCUGGCCGUGGCCCCGGGCCUGGGCACCUCGCCGCUGGUGCCGGCGCCCAACGUGAUCCUGCACCGCACGCCCACGCCCAUCCAGCCCAAGCCUGCGGGCGUGCUGCCCCCCAAGCUCUACCAGCUGACACCCAAGCCUUUCGCCUCCGCGGGCGCCACACUCACCAUCCAGGGCGAGGCGGGGGGGCUCCCGCAGCAGCCCAAGGCCCCCCAGAACCUGACUUUCAUGGCAGCGGGCAAGGCCGGCCAGAAUGUGGUGCUUUCGGGCUUCCCGGCGCCCGCCCUGCAGGCGAACGUCUUCAAGCAGCCCCCCGCCACCACCACGGGGGCCGCCCCGCCGCAGCCUCCCGGGGCCCUGAGCAAGCCCAUGAGCGUCCACCUCCUGAACCAAGGCAGCAGCAUCGUCAUCCCCGCCCAGCACAUGCUGCCCGGCCAGAACCAGUUCCUGCUGCCCGGCACGUCCGCCGUCCAGCUCCCCCAGUCGCUCUCGGCCCUGCCGGCCAACGUGGGCGGGCAGAUCCUGGCGGCCGCAGCGCCCCACGCGGGCGGACAGCUCAUCGCCAACCCCAUCCUCACCAACCAGAACCUGGCGGGCCCGCUGAGCCUGGGCCCCGUGCUGGCCCCCCACUCCGGGGCCCACAGCGCCGCCCACAUCCUCUCGGCCGCCCCCAUCCAGGUGGGCCAGCCCGCCCUCUUCCAGAUGCCUGUGUCCCUGGCCGCCGGCAGCCUGCCCACGCAGAGCCAGCCGGCGCCCGCCGGCCCCACCGCCGCAACCGUCCUCCAGGGGGUCACUCUGCCCCCCAGCGCCGUGGCCAUGCUCAACACCCCUGACGGCCUGGUGCAGCCGGCCACCCCCGCCGCCGCCGGCGAGGCCGCGCCUGUGCUCACGGUGCAGACAGCCCCCCAGGCGCCGCCCACGGUCAGCACCCCGUUGCCUUUGGGCCUUCAGCAGCCGCAGGCACCGCAGCAGCCCCCCUCACAGGCCCCUACGCCCCAGGCCGCCAACCCACCUCAGGCCACCACCCCCCAGCCCAGCCCGGUCCUGGCGUCCAGCCCGGAAAAGAUCGUGCUGCCCCCCUCUGCCGCCGCCACGGCCAUCCUCACUCAGGACUCCCUGCAGAUGUUCCUGCCCCAGGAGAGGAGCCAGCAGCCCCUCUCCGCCGAGAGCCCCCACCUCUCCGUGCCCGCCUCGGUCAUAGUCAGCGCCCCGGCUCCCGCCCAAGACCCAGCCCCGAGCACCCCCGCCGCCCAAGGAGCUGGCCUCGGCCCUCAGGCCCCCGACGGCCAGGCCUCCCCGGCGCCAGCCCCCCAGAUCCCAGCAGCGGCUCCACUGAAGGGCCCGGGCCCCUCCUCGUCCCCGUCACUACCUCACCAGACCCCUCUGGGAGACAGUCCCCACCUGCCCUCCCCACACCCCACCCGACCCCCUUCACGCCCGCCCUCCCGCCCCCACUCCCGGCCGCCCUCCCAGCCCCAGAGCUUGUCCCGCCCACCCUCAGAGCCCGCUCUGCACCCUUGCCCCCCGUCCCAGGCCGCCCCCACUCUGCCUGGCAUCUUUGUCAUCCAGAACCAGCUGGGCGUCCCCCCACCUGCCAGCACCCCUGCCCCGACUGCCCCAGGCCCACCCCAGCCCCCUCUGCGACCCCCGUCCCAGCCCCCCGAGGGACCGCUGCCCCCAGCCCCCCACCUGCCUCCUGCCUCCACCUCCUCCGUCGUGGCCUCCUCCGAGACGUCCGCCAGACUGCCAGCCCCCACGCCACCCGACUUCCAGCUCCAGUUCCUGCCUGGCCAAGGGCCCCACAAGUCCCCCACGCCCCCUCCAACCCUCCAUCUGGUCCCCGAGCCCGCGGCGCCCCCCCCACCGCCUCCUCGGACCUUCCAGAUGGUGACCGCCCCCUUCCCGGCGCUGCCCCAGCCGAAGGCUCUUCUGGAGAGAUUUCACCAGGUGCCGUCCGGAAUCAUUCUCCAGAGCAAAGCCGGGGGCCCCCCCGCUGCCCCGCAGACCUCCGCCAGCCUGGGGCCCCUCGCCAGCACCGCUGCCUCGGUGCUGGUCAGCGGGCAGACCCCAUCCGGGACCCCCGCCGCCCCCAGCCAUCCCCCUGCCCCGGCACCCAUGGCCGCCGCAGGCCUCCCUCCUCUGCUUCCUGCCGAGAGCAAAGCUUUUGCCAGCAACCUCCCCACCCUGAGUGUGGCCAAGGCCGCUGCGUCCGGGCCAGGGAAGCCCUCCGGGCCGCAGUAUGAGAGCAAGCUGAGCGGCCUGAAGAAAGCGCCCCCACUUCAGCCCAGCAAGGAGGCCUGUUUCCUAGAACAUUUGCACAAACAUCAGGGCUCCGUCCUGCACCCAGACUACAAGACAGCCUUCCCCUCCUUCGAGGAUGCCCUGCAUCGUCUCCUGCCCUACCACGUCUACCAGGGUGCCCUCCCCUCCCCCAACGACUACCACAAAGUGGACGAGGAGUUUGAGACCGUCUCCACGCAGCUGCUGAAACGCACCCAGGCCAUGCUCAACAAAUACCGCCUCCUGCUCCUGGAGGAGUCCCGGAGGGUGAGCCCGUCAGCGGAGAUGGUGAUGAUCGACCGAAUGUUCAUUCAGGAGGAGAAGACAACCCUCGCCUUGGACAAACAGCUGGCUAAGGAGAAGCCUGAUGAGUACAUGUCUUCCUCCCGCUCCCUCGGCCUCCCUGCCACAGCCUCUUCCGAGGGACAUCGGCUUCCCGGCCAGGGCCCGCCGCCUGCCUCGGCGUCCGGGGCGCCCGCGCAACCGCCGCUGCACCUGCCCACCAAGCUGGUGAUCCGGCAUGGCGGGGCGGGCGGCUCCCCGUCCGUGACCUGGGCCCGCGCGUCCUCCUGCCUGUCCUCCUCGUCCUCCUCGGCCUCCGCCGCCUCCUCCCUGGACGCCGACGAGGACGGCCCGAUGCCCUCCCGCAGCCGCCCGCCCAUAAAGACCUACGAGGCCCGGAGCCGCAUCGGUCUCAAGCUCAAGAUCAAGCAGGAAGCUGGGCUCAGCAAGGUUGUGCACAACACGGCCCUGGACCCGGUGCACCAGCCCCCGCCGCCGCCGCCGCCACCGCACGCCGCCCUCAAGGCGGCCGAGCCCCCGCCCCGGCCCCCGCCGCCGCCGCCUCAGACCACGGGCCAGAUGAACGGCACCGUGGACCACCCGCCUCCCGCUGCCCCGGACCACAAGCCGCCGGCCCCGGCCGCGCACUGCCCGCGCCUGCCGCUGCGAAAGACGUACCGCGAGAACGUGGAGGCCCUGGGCGGCGGGGCGGCCGAGGGGGCCGUGACCGGCAGGGCGCGCGGCGGCAGUCCGGCGCCGCUGCCCACCAAAGUGGACGAAGCCACCAGCGGGCUGAUCCGCGAGCUGGCGGCGGUGGAGGACGAGCUGUACCAGCGCAUGCUGAAGGGCGCCCCGCCCGAGGCCGCGGCCAGUGCGGCGCAGGGCAGCGGCAGCAGGGACCCCGGCUGGGAGGCGCCCCCGCUGCCCCCCGCCAAGCGGCGCAAGUCCGAGUCGCCGGACGUGGACCAGGCCAGCUUCUCCAGCGACAGCCCGCAGGACGACACGCUCACCGAGCACCUCCAGAGCGCCAUCGACAGCAUCCUGAACCUCCAGCAGGCCCCCGGCCGGACACCCGCCCCCCCGUACGCCCACGCCCCGCCGGCCACGGCCGCCUCCCCGUCGCCCCUGCACAGGCCUGAGGCCUACCCGCCCUCCAGUCACAACGGCGGCCUCGGCGCCAGGACGUUGAACAGAUAACACCGGGCUGGUCUUCCCUUCCCCGUCCCCCGCUCGGUGCGGACGCCAGGGCCAGCUGAGCUGCUGACCUCAGCCUCCUGGGGGCCCACGAGCCGGGGAGCCCCUGAGUUUUUCUUGCCUAAGUUAUUUGAGUCACAAAGGCCUCCUCUCCCAC